CUCAGCAUAAUAUUUGAACUAGAUAAAUUAUUUUACUUCGAUCCCAGUACCAAUAAUUACUUGACCCUCGUUAAAUAUUACAAAAAAGCUCAUCUUAUCCACACUAAUUCAAAUAAUAUUGAUUCAAACUCUCAGUCAAAUGAAACUCGAAAUAUCACAAUCGAUGUGAAAAUAACAGCUAUUGGUAGCAAUAAUAAUUCUUUAUUAACAUCUCAACAAUUAUCUUAUAGACAAUUAUCCAAAAAGGACAAAGAUUUUACUAGUCAUAAUCAAAAAUCCUUUGCAAAGGAAAAACCGCUGGGAGUUAGGGAUUAUACAAAUUUUUGUAUCAUCCCACCAACUGUUAACAAUUCGUUUUAUUCUUUGCUAAAUAUUCCGCUUUCACAUUUAUCAUACAAAAACGCUGAAGCCCAGCAAAAAAUUGAUCAAAGUUUUUACACAUUACCCAAUCGAAUAUUAAAUUUACAGAAAAGUUAUAUUUCUGGAGUUUAUAAAUUUCCGCCUAACGCUCAAAUUCAAUAUCAUUGCAAUGAAGGCUAUUACCCAGUUAUGAUUUUGAAUAAAAAUUAUUCGCAAUCAAUGAUUUCCAAGUGUAUUUUUAUCAAGGAUAAGCUAAAAUGGUCAACCCCAUCCUUUUAUUGCGCAGCCGUUAAUUGUGUUCACCCUGGCUUGUUAACUAAUGGUCAAUUGAGAGGUAAUGACUUCAAAUAUCCCCACAAGGUUUAUUAUGCUUGUUUACCUGGCUACGAACUAUACGGGGAAGAGUUUAGGGAAUGUCAAUCUAAUGGGAAAUGGUCAGGGAAUGAACCACAAUGCAGAAUUGUCAGGUGCCAAGAUAUUCAACAUUUUCCGAAUGGUAAAGUCCUAAGCAAUGGGUUAAAUUUUGGUGACAUGCUACAUUAUGAAUGUGACAGAGGCUUCAAAUUAAUCGGUACGAAAGACAGACGUUGCGAUGAAAAUGGCAUAUGGAUACCUGACCCUCCCAUUUGCAUAGCGGUUGAUUGUGGUUAUCCAGGUGAUUUAUACAACGGUUUUCUUGAAUUAAAUUCAACUAAAUGGGGUGCUGUGGUCAUAUACUGGUGUUCUGAACUAUCGGUUUUUAUAGGUGAUUCUCAAUCCGCGAUAUGUCAGCUAAAUGAAAAAUGGUCUCACCCUCUACCACGAUGCAUGAAAAAUUGCAUUAUCGCUUCGAUCGACUAUGCUACAGUGCCUAAUUUCAAACUAGGAGAUAUGAUAACACAUAAUACCACUAUGAACUUUAGCUGCGUAAGACAGACUUCCCCUUACAUCAAUAUGACUACUAGGUGUAAUAAUGGAUCCUUUGAACCCGUCAUAAGAUGUGAACCAGAGGAUUGCAUGGAUUUACCACCAAGGAUAAAAAAUGGUAGGUCUAUUGUGAUCAGGUCUAAACAUGGUUCAGCGGCAAAAUUUAUUUGCGAUCCAGGUUACAAAAUCGUUUCCUUCGAAAGAAUGGUAUGCAAAUUCGGGCAAUGGAGUGGACCUUUACCUCAAUGUUCAAAUAUUGUAUGUCAAUUUCCAGGCUUGCUAACUAACGGUCAGGUUUUCUUAGUUGGUUCUUUCGGGGAAUAUAAUUACCGAGAGUAUAUAACAAACGUUCAACACGGACGUCAAAUAGCUUAUAAAUGUGACAAAAAUUAUUAUAUAAGUUAUGGUCCCAGUGGUGCUACCUGUAUCGAUGGUAAAUGGAACCCUCCUAACAAACCUAUCUGUAGUUCAGACAUGUGUCCUCAAAUACUAUCGGAUUACCGCCAAAGGGUUAAAAUAUUCCGUAGUGGAGACAAUAAAAGAAAUUUGCGUUAUAGCGAUAGCCUUAGCUUGAAAGAGAUAAAUACGAUAGCUGGUAAUCAUUUUCUGCUACCACCCGAUUUGUCUCAUUUUGAAAAUUUUAACAACGACCCAUCUCAGGAUUACGUAGCUUUAAUUGAAACCAAAUCAUUAGCUAACCAUUUCAGAACCGAAGGCACUAUUGUCGAAGUGACAUGUAUAGAUGAUAGAUUUCAGAUGAGUUUAAAUUCCUCUAUGGUCAGAUGUAUCAAAGGAAAAUGGGUACCUGGCUGGCCAACCUGCAUACCGAAACCUUGCGUUGUACCUAUUGUUAAGAAUGGAAUCGUUUUCUUCAAUGGUAACAUAGUGUUCAAUGACUAUAAGAUAGAUCACGGAGAUUUGAUAAGUGUGAUCUGUAACGAUGGUUAUAAUCCCUCAACAGCGUUCACAAUCUUUUCGUGUAUUCUAACCGGCUGGAAUCCUUCUAUUCAAGAUAUGAAAUGUUUGGAAGCUUCAUGCACAUUACCACAAAGUGACGAAAUGAAAAACUCAUCUAAAUUACACUAUUCAAAAGAUAUAAUAAAGCAUAAUAAAUUUAUUAAUUUGAACUGCUCUAAAAGUCACAACAUGAAAUUAGAUCAAAAAAAUUUGUGUUUGCAUGGCAAAUCAAAGCCCCGAAGUUGUGAUAAAGAACCAUGCUCGCUGGCAAACUCAUCUAAUUUAAAAUUUCCUCUUAACCAUAGGAAUAAAUUUCCUCAUGGGACGGUUUUGGAAUUCUCUUGCCCUUUUGGACACAAAUUGAUGGGGAAAUCUUUUAUAACCUGCACAUAUGGUAUAUGGAAACCUGAGCCUCCAUCAUGUCUCUUAGUAAGAUGUAUGCCACCUCACGUUCCUAAAAACGGUGGAUAUCAAGUUAAGUACAACGAUAGAAAAGACAGUUACCCUAAUAUAUAUGUAAGCGGAAUAAAAAUAGAAUACAAUUGUUGGAAUGGAUAUACAUUGAUUGGAACAAAGCAUUCUGAAUGCAAUGAAAAGGGCUUGUGGACGCUGCCCAUUCCAUUGUGCAAUAAGAUAAAAACAAAUGACUGUCGACCUAAUUCAAUUUUUGACAAUGCAACCUUUAAAAUUUCUUCUAUAACGAGGGAAUCAAAGGAUAAUCUAGAUCUUUUCCUUGAAGGCACGGAAAUUGAGUAUUCUUGCACAAUGGGAUCCUUUAAAUCUUGGAAAUCCACUUGCGUUAAAGGAAAUUGGACUGACGUUAUUGAUUCGAGCUAUUGUGACUUAAAGAAUUGUUCUAGUUUCAGCAGAAAUUCCUCUAUCAUAUCAUACUUAAACAAUACAAAUGUCAAGAUUUCGUCUGAUAUUCCACAUAACACAAUGAUAUAUGUGAAGUGCCUUGAUGUAGGUCAAUACUUGUUUAGUGGCUCAAAAUAUUUGAGAUGUUGGAACGGGAUCUGGAAACCAACUCUCCGUGAACAAAUGCCUAGAUGUCUUGAUUUGAGAAAAUAUCCUACUGAAACAUUUUUCCCUUCUCCUCCAGAAAUAUCGGUUUACGCCGAGAGGGAUGAAUUGAUGACCAACGGGGAAGGUAAAAUAAUUAUUCCAUUGGGAAAAAAGGUGAUUAUAUCAUGUCAUUUUCCCAGGCUUUAUGGAACCCCAACAUGGAAAUGGAAUUCUAAGAGCCAAUAUUAUCCGUUGAGUUGGAAUUCUGGCACGGAGAAUGGAAAUGAUUAUGAAUAUACAUUAACUAUACCUCUCAGCCAUUCUGAUGAUAGCGGAACAUACACUUGUAUCACUCCCUAUAGAAAUCAACAUGAGAUCUCUAUUAUAUUUAAAAAUGUCCAUUGUCCACCUAUAAAUUUCGAUAAUAACGAUAACCUUUUGCUCAAGGUAAUAUCCGAUACCAGGGAUGAUUAUAAAAUGAAGACGAGAAUAAAAUUCGCUUGCGUUGAGGGAUACCGCAUAUUCCCUCAAAGCGAAAUCCUUUGUGACGCCGAUGGUAGUUGGAGUGAUAUAUUUCCUAAAUGUCAAAAAAUAACGUGCCCCGAAAUCAGAAAAAACAUAGAAAAUUUGAUAGUACAAAUGCAAUCUGAGGCAUCAAUUUAUAAUAGCAUAGUUACUUUCGCAUGUCCUAAGGGGUCUUUUAUAGCAGGAGCUUCUCACAUAAUCUGCCAAUUUAACGGUCAAUGGUCGGCAAAAAUUCCUACUUGCAUAGACGUGCUCUGCCCCGAACCUAAAAAUAUAGAAAAUGGAUAUUAUAAAAUUUUGGGAAAAUUGAAAAACGAUACUCAAGAUUUUAAAUACGGUACCCGCUUGGUUUACAAAUGCGAUACGGGUUAUCUUAUUCACGAAAAAACAGGAUCUCGAUUUUCAAAAUGUUUAGAAUCUGGUCAAUGGCUCAACGAAGUCAAUUCGUCAACCCCUCAACUACCCAUCUGCCAUAAAAGAAUUACAUCAUCGUGCAAGCUAAAAUUUCGAGAGAUUUUAAAUGUCCUAAAGUAUGGUAUGGUAAAGCCCCACAAUCGAUAUAUCUUUGAGCCAGGGGAAAAAGUAGAAUUCUCAUGUUUACCUGGAUUCAAAAGAAAAGGCUCCAGAAAAUCAAAAUGCUUAUCUAAUGGCAAAUGGUCCAAAAAGUUUCCUACAUGUAUACUGCUCAUAAAUAAUAUGAAUACCGGCGAAUAAUAUACAAUUUAUGUUUUAUUUUAAUAUUAAUUUUAUUUUUUAUAAUUAUGAAAUGAUACUCAAAGAAUCUCAUAGUCGUAUUUUUCCCGAUAUAUUAUAUAUAUGAAAAAUUUAAUUUUGUAAAAUAUUAAAAAUUUUUUGUUUUGUU